UCGUAAUAUAUUAAGUGUCUUCUGAUAUCUCCCUGUAUUACUUUUUAUCGAAAUUAUCAUAUGACACUAGAGUUUCAGCAUUCGAUGAGUUAGCAUUCAUUAGUUUUAAAUUCAUUACAUUAAGAAGAAAAUAUUGCAAUAUUUAUAUAAGAUUAAAUUAUAUUACUGUCACCAUAUAAUUAUAAGUUAAACAGUGAAAGAUGUAUAAUUAUUCAUCUGUAAUCAGAAGUGUGGGUGGAAUCAAAUCGUCUCCAAAAGAGAUACUUUCUCCAUUAGCAGUACCUCAGAGAAGACUUUUGUUAGGUCCUGGUCCAAGUAAUUUAUCGCCAAGAGUUAUAAAAGCAUUGAGUAAUCCACUCUUGGGACAUAUGCAUCCGGAAACAUUUAAGUUAAUGGAUGAAAUCAAAGCUGGACUUCAGUAUGCUUUUCAAACAGAAAACAGACUCACUUUAGCCAUAAGUGCAUCAGGCCAUUCUGGUAUGGAAGCUUGUCUCGCUAAUCUACUUGAGACUGGCGACAGAAUUUUAAUUGUCAAAGGUGGCCUGUGGGGUGAAAGGGCUGAGAAUAUGUCAAAGCGACUUGGUGCACGUGUAAGAACUUUAAACACAGAAUUGGGUGUUGCUUUCACUCUAGACCAACUCGAAAUAGCUAUAGAUCAAUGGAAGCCUUCUGUUGUUUUUUUGGCUCAUUCAGAAUCAUCAACUGCUUUAAAACAACCAUUAAUAGGCAUUGGAGACAUUUGUCACAGAUAUGAAGCUCUGCUUAUCGUUGAUACAGUAGCAUCUCUUGGAGCUGAACCUUUUUUCAUGGAUGCUUGGAAGAUCGAUGCUGCUUACACUGGCAGUCAGAAAGUUUUUGGGGCACCUCCUGGUCUUACACCAAUAUCAUUUAAUGCUAGAGCUGAAAAAAAAUUAUUUUCACGUCUUACAAAAGUGAAGUCUUUUUAUUGGGACAUGAUAGAGUUAGGCAACUACUGGAAUUGUUUCAAUGAACCCGUGAGGCGUUACCAUCAUACAAUAUCAGCUACACUACUUUAUGGGCUUAGAGAAGGAUUAGCUCAGUUAAUAGAAGAGGGCUUAGAAACCUCAUGGAAAAGACAUGCAACUGCAGCUAAGAAACUCGUUGAGGGAUUACAGAGUCGAGAAUUACAGUUAUAUAUUAGAGAACCAGAACAUCGAUUAAGUACGAUCACUUCUGUUGUGAUACCUUUGGGAAUAGAUUAUAAACUUGUACUCAGAAGACUAUUGGAAAAGUGGGACAUUGAAAUUUCUGGAGGACUUGGACCAACAGUUGGAAAAAUAUUUAGAAUCGGUUUGAUGGGUAUUAAUGCUAGGGAGGAAGUUGUUGACCGAUUCUUAAUAGCUUUGGAUGAGGUGUUAACUUUUGCUAAAAUGCAUAGUCAGCUUUAAACUAAUUAAGUAAAUGAUUAUCUUCAAAUUUUUAGAGUAUUUCCUUUAUUUUUUUAUUCAAUGAAAAUACUGAAGUCGGCAUACACUCUUUGAAUUGUAACCCCUUACAUAAUGUCGGAUUUUCAUUCUUGUCUUAUUGAAAAAUAACGUAAUCUUCAUCGAUACAAAUGUGUAAUAAUGCAAUAUGAUACAAUUACAAUAAUAUAUUUAUAACGCGACAACCAAGAUAAGCUCGAACGAUAUGAUGUGUUGAAAAAUAAUUAUUUUCAAUUGAUCGUCAACAUUACAUUGACUCUUGAUAAUUAUAAAACAACAUGAGUUAACCAUUUUAAACGCUCAACGCUUUUCACUUUUAUAAAACAAUUAAAGUAGUGGCUAAACUCAAUGCUGUUUUCAAGUAGUUAUAAAAUAAUUUCAUAAAGAUAUGUAACUAGUUUAUAUACAAAUUUAUUGAACCACAUUGUUAAAAAAUAUGAAGGGCCUAUAUAAUUAAUAAAGCUUUA